CGCGGUGCUCCAGCCGGCGGUGCAGCUGGUGAUGAUGGUAUCGGUGAAGGCGGUGGUGGUGGCGGUAAGAUCAAGGCAACUCACGUAGUGGCCCAGGAUGGAAGUGGACAGUUCAAGACCAUUUCUGAGGCGGUUAAUGCUUGCCCUGACAAAAACCCUGGAAGGUGCAUUAUCCAUAUCAAGGCUGGUACCUACAAUGAAAUGGUCAGGAUCCCUAAGAAGAAGAACAACAUUUUCAUGUUCGGUGAUGGUGCUACAAAAACCAUCAUUACCAACAACAAAAGUGUUAAGCUUAACCCAGGAAUGACUACUUCACUCAGUGCCACCGUUCAGGUUGAAUCUGAGGGAUUCAUGGCAAAAUGGAUCGGGUUUAAGAACACAGCCGGUCCAUUGGGACACCAAGCGGUCGCACUCCGUGUGAAUGGAGACCGUGCGGUCAUAUUCAACUGUAGAUUUGACGCUUACCAAGACACACUCUACGUCAACAACGGACGUCAGUUCUACAGGAACAUUGUUGUGUCCGGUACAGUGGAUUUCAUCUUCGGAAAAUCCGCAACUGUGAUCCAAAACUCUCUAAUCCUCGUCCGAAAGGGAACGCCCGGACAAUCCAACUACGUUACAGCCGACGGUAAUGAAAAGGGUGCAGCGGUUAAGAUCGGUAUCGUUCUCCACAACUGCCGUAUCAUGCCCGACAAGGAGCUCGAAGCUGAGAAGCUAACCAUCAAGUCUUACCUAGGACGGCCCUGGAAGAAAUUUGCCACGACUGUGAUUAUUGGAACUGAGAUGGGUGAUUUGAUCCAACCAGUAGGAUGGACCGAAUGGAAAGGAGAGCAAAACCACUUGACUGCUAAAUACAUUGAGUUCAACAACCGUGGACCGGGAGCUAACCCUAGUCAGAGGCUUGAAUGGAUUAAGAUCGCUAAGAAUGCGGCUGAGGUUGAGCCCUACACCGUGGCUAACUGGAUUGGUCCUGCUAAUUGGAUCCAAGAAGCCAACGUGCCCGUCCAGCUAGGAUUGUAAGAAAACAAAAACGGGAAAAAAAGAAGUAAAGAAUAAAACAGUAUGUGAUAAUGUAAAGGUAACGAUACGACAUUGUCUACGGGGUUCAAGGCUCUUUUUGUGCUACUAUAUACAUAAGAUAAGGUUCUAGACGUGUUGACAUGAAGUUUGUAUAAGAUUCCUUUUGUUUCACCUGCAAAAGAGAAACAACAAAGUUUGUUUCAUUUAAAUUAUUUUUUUGG